AUGGAGGAGAGAUUCAAGGCGAUGCAAGGUCCCGAUACCUUUGGGUUGGAUGCUGCCGACAUGUGCUUAGUGCCAGACGUGAAAAUUCCUCCCAAGUUCAAAGUCCCGAGCUUUGAAAAGUAUCAAGGGAUCACUUGUCCAAAGACCCACAUCCGAGCUUUCUGCAGAAAUAUGGCCGCUCAUUCUAAUGACGAGAAACUCUUAAUGCACUUUUUCCAGGACAGUCUUAGUGGAGCUUCUCUGGAAUGGUAUAUGCAGCUCGAGCGCACGCAUAUACGAACUUGGAGGGAACUUGCUGAAGCCUUCUUGAAGCAUUAUCAGUAUAACUCAGACAUGGCUCCCAAUCGGACUCAGCUCCAAAGCCUCUCUCAGAAGCCGGAUGAAUCAUUCAAAGAGUAUGUUCAACGAUGGAGAGACUUGGCUGCCAGGGUUCAACCCCCUCUUCUUGAAAGAGAGCUGGUAAACAUGUUCGUGGAUACCCUUCAAGGGCCGUAUUUUGAAAAAAUGAUUGGGAGUACCACCUCGGGAUUCUCAGACUUGGUCAUUACCGGCGAGCGAAUUGAGAAUGGCAUGAAGAUCGGCAAGAUACAAGAUACAUCAGUCGUGGCUAGUGGAGCAAAGAAGCCUCAUUCCGGAUUCUCAAAGAAGAAGGAAGGAGAGACUAAUGCUACUGCUCAAGGGGGAGAUGGAGGUUACCAAAUGUCAUACUAUCCGGUGGCAGCAGUAACACCUAACCCAUAUCCGCAGCCAGCGUAUGUUAUUCCAACUGGUCCUCCAGCGAUGCAAUAUCAGCAACCUUAUGCUCCUUAG